AUGAAGUUACUAUUUAUUGCUUUCCUCAUCUUCUGUCUUUUGAUUUCCGUGCGCGCAGACGGCUGGGAUGACUUCUCCAACAACCUUGCCACCGACCUUGCACCCUUCUUGGCCCUCUUCGGCGAGCAAACCACGAAACAAUACCUCAGCGAGAGCAUAACUUUGCUUGAUUACUAUAUCUUCUCGAUCGCGCCGAUAGGGAUCUUGACAGCUGUUAUUUCUGCGAUCCGAGUUUGUGGGAGUCCCUCGUUGCGUGCCUUCAUCGGAAGAGCGCAAGAGGGCGGUGGGGACGCUGAAGCAGAGCUUUGUUCCUCAACAAGUCGAGAUGUGUGUGAACUCUACAACAACGGUGGCAUCGCGCGGGUCUUCGGACGACCGAAGAUCCUCGAGGUCGUCUAUGACCCGUCUAAAAGUGCCGACGAGACAGCGGGAAUAUAUCCAUGUCGCGAAUUCGUUAGAAAACGCCCAGAUGAAUGGACUAGACAAGAUAAGUCUGUCGCAGAUGUCGGUAAUGAGUCUGUCUUGGACAUGUCUAUUGUCGAUGAGUCUGUCUUAGAUGUGCCUGUCGCCGCCGACGAGUCUGUCGCCAACAUCUUUGCCCCCAACCUAUCCUUGAAUAUCGGCAUUAAAAGGCAAUCUACUGUCGUGUCCUGGACAGUCGCCGUUUCCGGCACAGUCCUGCAAAUCAGCGUGUUAGCCUUUGCUGUCAUUGUCACAUACUGUCUUAAGUGGCAGAAGGACGGCAAGCGUCCGGAUUCAUACGCUUGUCCGAUGGCCAUUGUCGGAACCCUCAUUGAAUGGGGCGGCAUGUUCCUCUGCGCAUAUCUUAUUGGAAAAACUAGCCGCAAACAAAUUUUCCACAGAAAUCAACAGUCUCUUAAUAAACAAUCGACGCGGAAUGCCCAAUCGAAGUCCUCGUCUAUAUAUUGGGUGCAACCUGGAGGACAAGUACUUGGAGAUCAAGUAUUUGAUCCCUUCUGCUACAGCGACCAUGAUCAGCCUCUACUACAGUAUGUCUCAUCGUGGAAGAAGCCGUCCAGAAGCUCAGACUCAGAACUUGUCUUGUGGACUGCUGUCGGUACUACUGUCGUGGGCUUCGUGAUACAAUUUGUUGGGCUACGAGGCAUUCACUCCGCAAUCUCCGUGGCUCAACUUGGAGCGAUGAUGGUGAUGAGUGUUGCCCGGUCUGCGCUCCGCAUGCAGCGGUUGAAACCGAACGACAAUUUUCUUCGCAGGUGUCCAGACGAGGUUGUUGGACACGAACUGGACUGGCUUGCAAUGCAUAUUGGCCGAGACGAUAUCCUCCCAGACUCUCCGCAUCCACGUCGUCUCCUUUGGAGAUUCUGCGGCGCUCGCGAUGACACAAAUACCCUUAUGAAGGAACGUCCGCCUAUGAACGAUUAUCUGGAUAUCGCUGGCAAAUUACUCGCUUAUCGGACUCGCCUCGCGCAACUCACUCAGCCACAAAACACAUGGGCUACAACCUCUUCACAGCAUUUUAAUUCAGAUAUGGUUGAAGUCCGAGAGAUCUCUCAGCGUCUUGCUGUAGCCAUUGAAUCUAUCGUCAACGUAAUUUGCUCAAAGAAUGCCAAAUUCCAAGAAGACUGGAGAGAUCACAAAUCUAUGCUCUGGAGUUUUGCAUGUGAUGUUGCUUCUGUUGCUUCGAGCGAAUCUCGCAAAAGUAUCAGCCAACAUACAUUAUACUUGCAAUUAGCGCGAGGGAGUCUAGAAAGCCCUUGGAGACUACAGAAUAGAUUCGAGUUGGAAGGGCUCUUGGGACUGUGGGUUUGGUCAAUGAAGUCUGAUCCUGAGGUCGAGAGGUUACAAGACCGGCUUACAAUAUCUCGGGCUGCUGAAAUCCCAAUUCAACGCAUCGUUUCAACUAAGGAAAACAUCAGGGCGACUGGCCUGAACAUCUGGCUCGGCAGUGAGAUGCCUACUUUCGAUGUGGUAUCAGUUUGCCCUACCUCUGAACGCUGCGACCCAAGUACCGUACAGUACCAGGGCAGGGAAACGCGGCUCUUCGGUUGGUAUACAACAGAGCCAUCGCGGCGUCAUGGUUCUGCCCCAUUCAAAGUUUGGUCUGCUUCUACAGAUAGCUCGCUCUUAUCACUAUGCGCUCAGGAAGUCUUUGGAGCAUUUCUCGUGAGUAUAUUUGACACCAUGGACGCCGUUGAGGACAUCGACAUCCAAGAGACUCCCCAUGUCCAUUUAGAGAGCAAACUAGUAUCGGAAAUGAUACAACUGUUCACCGACGCGCGUCUAGGAUCAAGAGAAGACGCAUUAUUGUGUGUCUUGCCUCCAAUAAUAUCUCGGCUGAAGAUUCCUUCUACAGAAAGCGUUCUAGCCACAGCGAAGAGAAAAGCGAACGAGCAUCGAAGACGUGGCGAGUGGAUUAAAGCAGAAGUAAUGCUAAAAUGGGCAUGGGAUAUUUGUAUCAAAUCUCAAUCUCAGCCCCAGACAAAUGAGGAUAACCCCCAACAUCACACAGACAAUUUAGUGCAACAAGCAGCAAUUGCACUAGGCGAGCUUUAUCGAUGGGCAAUGACUAUCAGCGACAUGAACAAAUUCAGCUCUGAUGGUAUUAAUUGGCUUUUAGCCAGGAAAAGCCAUGAACAAGGGAUCUCUGUUGCUGUUGGGGAAAUUAUCGAUCGUUAUAUUGAUAUUCAAAACCGGGUCAACCGCCGUGACAUUAACACCGGCGAAGAAGACAACAGUCUAACUUCUACAUUGCUGCGGCUCACUCUACCAGCCUCAAGAACAUUAAUGACAGCAGAAGAAAAGAGUAAGGCUCUUUGCUCUGCGGCGGCCUUGGGCUGGUCAGAGGUAGCUAUUGCGUUGCUUGAGCUUGGAGCAAACCUGGACUACAAGGAUGAGAAUAGGAGGUAUAGAACAGCGCUAUCCUUAGCCGCGGAAAGUAAUAGCAUCGACGCUGUGGAGGAAUUGAUACGUUGGGGAGCAUCUCCAAUCUCAGAAGAUGAUUUCGGUCGAACACCUCUAUUACAGGCGUCGGAGGCGGGACACGAUGUCGUGGUCAAAAUGCUGUUAGACGCUCCACGUGUCGAUCCAAACGCCAAAGAUAGCUGGGGUGAUACGUCGCUUAUGUUGGCGGCGUGGAACGGGCACGAGGCAGUUGCUCGACUGCUGUUGAAUACCGGCAAGGUCGCUAAUCUAGACUCUCCUCUGUGGUAUGCGGUGGGGAAAGGACAUGAGGCAGUUGUUCAAGUGUUACUCAGCGCUGAGCACAUUAAUCCGAACAGACAGAACUCUGACGGUAAGUCUCUGUUGAUGUUGGCGGCGGAGAAAGGGCAUAAGGCAGUUAUUCAAUUGCUGCUCAAUACCGGCAAAAUCGAUGUAAAUGCCGAGGAUAUUGGCGGAAAGACUGCGUUGUUAUAUGCCGAGGAAAAUGGGCAUAGAGACGUCGUCGAGAUACUACAAAGGCGUCUUUUAACACCUAAAUAA